AUGUCACCAAUGCCGUCAACGCCGUCAUCUUUGGCUUUUUAUCGAAAUUUGUGGCGUUUAACAGAACGGAACAGGAAGCGAAAAAAUGAAAGCUUAACGAAUAGUCAUUCGAAUAGUCGUUCGAAUAGUGAUGAAGCCGUUAGCGAUUAUAGCAAUAUGCCACAGCAACAACAACAACAACAACAACAACAACAACAACAACAACAACAACAAUCCAUAGAAGUAUCAUGUGGAACUGAGGAUGUGUUACCAUCUAAAGGAAAAAUUGCAUGA